AGUUAUUGUGAAUACAUUGUAUCACUUUCAAGACUCUGCUGUUAACUGUUCAAUGGGCAUGAGAGUGCUUCUUAAGUUAAGGCUUGGUUAGAGUGGUAGGUAAUUUGUCUCUACUUUGGUAAUUGCCUGUUACAUAGAACUUUUUUGAACAGGUAUUUUGUUAAGCUCCUCCUGUUGUUGUCUUGGGUUUUCCAUCCAAUAAGUUGCAAAUAAGAUGAGCAGUACCCAGGAGCAGCUGUACUUCAAACAGAAUUAUUCUAACAGUAUGCAACAUGGCCACCUACUUUUUUUCACCAUUUUUUCUCCAAAUUUAUUCUCCCUCCUAUAAUGAACUAUUUUGCAAGGGCCCUAUGAUGAACCAAAAACUUAAACAUGUGUCUAUAAAAACAACUGGCCAAGAAGGAAGAGUAAAUAAAGUUCAUAGGGUCAUGAUUCUUUUUGACUGAGUCCUGAAGUUGUCUACAAAGUUUUGGUUCUGUUGCAGAAGAUUGAUGAAUAGAAAUUUUCCCAAAGCUCUAUAUUGGUCUCCUAGAGAAGUUUUAACUAUGUGCAUUUUUAACCCCAAGGACAUUAUUUUCUGGUUGAUAGUAAUUUUGUUGUUGCUCCUGCUUAGUUUGUAACUGCUUCAGUUUCCCAUUGCUGGGUAAUGCCCCUCAAAUAGCAGCUACCAAAGCACUUAAGUCACAGAAGGGUUUUGGUGUUCUGUUCUCAAUACAGAGUAAAGGCCCCUAGGCAGCAGUUUGGCUGCAGCUUCCUCUGACCUUUCUCACCCUGCAAAACUGCAUGCUGAACUGGAAGAACAGAUGGCUUUCACCAUUGAAGAUAAAUUAUUGAACAGUAAAGGCUUCUUCCUGUUGUUUCAAGGGACAACAGCAAAGAAAAAAUGUGCUUUAAGUUUAUGGAGUAAAAUACCAGUGAUUAGUGAUCAGAGGUGGUUUUUUGUUUUGUUGUGGUUUUUUUUGUUUUGUUUCAGUUUUUUUUUUUUUUUUUUUUUUUGUUAAGAGAGUCACAACAUUUUGAAUAUCACACUUAAAUUUGGAUUCUGGACUCAAAAAUGGAUAAAGAAACAAGUACAAACUGAGCAAGAAAGAACAGUUUUGCUAUAGUCAGUUAUAUUUCACUCUCAUGAUAGCUUUUCUUUUGCAGAAUUCUAGAGAAACUUGAUAUCCAGCAAGUAGUAUUUGGUUCAUACAGGAGGGUGAGAUGCCUGUUCAAGUGCUUCUGUGAUUAAGCUCUUAGUUUGUGCUAAUACUAAAUACUAAUACUAAUACUCUGCUGAUACUAAACACAGUGACAAAUGUCAAGGAAGAGUACUAGAUUCAGCUUUCUUAAUUUGUAAGAAAAUUUGUUCUCUAGAAUAAGGAAAGACAUUUUUGGAAGAUGUGUAUUUUCAUGAAUGAAUAGAAAUACCAUUUUCAUUCUUAAAUAGGAUUAUUGCAACUAAUAAACUUGUUUACAAGAUAAAUUCAGGGAUAUUUGUUUGCUGCUUUCAUCAAAUAAACUGCCAUUGCUAUUUUCUUGUGCUGGUGUGGUGAAGCCUGCCUCUUUCCCCUAAAUUUGUGAGAGUUCUGGAAGCUGAAGAACAAGUACUGGUUAUGUAUCACAGAUACUGGGAAGAGUAUAGCAAAGGGGCAGACUAUAUGGACUGUUUAUACAGGUACCUCAACACACAGUUUAUUAAGAAGAACAAAUUGACUGAAGCUGAUCUUCAGUAUGGUUAUGGAGGGGUGGAUAUGAAUGAACCGUUGAUGGAAAUCGGAGAGUUAGCUCUUGAUAUGUGGAGAAAAUUAAUGAUUGAGCCACUGCAGGCCAUCCUUAUUCGGAUGCUCCUCCGAGAAAUAAAAAAUGAUCGCUGUGGAGAAGACCCAAACCAGAAAGUAAUCCAUGGGGUUAUUAACUCCUUUGUUCAUGUUGAACAGUAUAAGAAAAAAUUCCCCCUAAAGUUUUAUCAGGAAAUUUUUGAGUGUCCUUUUCUGAAUGAAACAGGGGAGUAUUAUAAACAAGAAGCUUCAAACUUAUUACAAGAGUCAAAUUGCUCACAGUAUAUGGAGAAGGUUUUAGGUAGAUUAAAAGAUGAAGAAAUGCGAUGUCGGAAGUACUUGAAUCCCAGCUCAUAUGGCAAAGUCACUCAUGAAUGCCAACAGAGAAUGGUAGCUGAUCACUUGCAGUUUCUACAUGCAGAAUGUCACAAUAUUAUCAGACAAGAGAAAAGAAGUGACAUGGCAAAUAUGUAUACUCUGCUUCGUGCUGUGUCAAGUGGUUUACCUCAUAUGAUUCAGGAACUACAAAACCAUAUCCAUGAUGAGGGCCUUAGAGCAACCAGCAAUCUUUCUCAGGAAAAUAUGCCAACUCAGUUUGUGGAGUCAGUUUUGGAAGUACAUAGUAAAUUUGUUCAACUGAUCAACACUGUUUUGAAUGGUGAUCAACACUUUAUGAGUGCCCUUGACAAGGCUUUGACAUCAGUAGUUAACUAUCGGGAGCCCAAGUCAAUCUGCAAAGCACCUGAGUUGCUGGCCAAAUACUGUGACAACUUGUUAAAGAAAUCAGCAAAAGGAAUGACAGAGAAUGAAGUAGAAGACAAGCUUACAAGUUUCAUUACUGUUUUCAAAUACAUUGAUGACAAAGAUGUAUUCCAAAAGUUCUAUGCCAGAAUGUUGGCAAAAAGAUUAAUUCAUGGUUUGUCUAUGUCUAUGGAUUCUGAAGAAGCAAUGAUAAAUAAACUAAAGCAAGCCUGUGGUUAUGAAUUUACCAGCAAGCUCCAUCGAAUGUAUACAGACAUGAGUGUUAGUGCUGAUCUCAACAACAAAUUCAACAACUUCAUCAAAAACCAGGACACAAUCAUUGAUUUGGGAAUUAGUUUUCAGAUAUAUGUUCUACAGGCUGGUGCAUGGCCUCUAACUCAGGCUCCUUCUUCUACAUUUGCAAUUCCUCAGGAACUGGAAAAAAGUGUACAGAUGUUUGAAUUAUUUUACAGCCAGCAUUUUAGUGGAAGGAAGCUUACUUGGUUACAUUAUCUUUGUACAGGUGAAGUAAAAAUGAAUUAUUUGUGCAAACCUUAUGUAGCCAUGGUCACAACAUACCAAAUGGCAGUGUUGCUUGCCUUCAACAACAGUGAGACUGUCAGCUACAAGGAGCUUCAGGACAGUACACAAAUGAAUGAGAAGGAACUGACAAAAACCAUCAAAUCUUUGCUUGAUGUCAAAAUGAUCAACCAUGACUCAGACAAGGAAGAUAUAGAGACAGAGUCUACGUUUUCAUUAAAUAUGAACUUCAGCAGUAAACGAACGAAGUUUAAAAUUACCACAUCAAUGCAGAAAGACACACCACAGGAGAUGGAGCAGACCCGAAGUGCUGUGGAUGAAGACAGGAAAAUGUAUCUUCAAGCUGCUAUUGUCCGUAUCAUGAAAGCACGUAAAGUGCUGCGACAUAAUGCUCUUAUUCAGGAGGUAAUUAGCCAAUCAAGAGCUAGGUUUAACCCAAGUAUCAGCAUGAUUAAGAAGUGUAUUGAAGUCCUGAUAGACAAACAGUACAUAGAGAGAAGCCAGGCCUCUGCAGACGAAUACAGUUAUGUAGCAUGAUGUUGCUAUCCUGCAGGUAUGAUUGUGAGGAGAUCAUUGCUGUCACUGUUUGGUGUGUUCCUGUGGGAAGAGGCAGGCCUGUGCCUCCAUAAUUGGUCACUUGGCAGCCCCUGUUUUUCUGCUGUUUACAACAUCACCAGUGCCAUGUCAUGAGCGUCAAUGAAAAUGCCUAUAGAUAUUUCAAGCUCAUGUCAUUACGACAUUUCUUAAAACUUUACUAAAAGAAUGAGUGAAGUAUUGCUGAAAUGUGGAGACUUGGUUGGGUACCAUGCUUUUUUUUUUCCCACCCCCUCCCCUUUCACGUUUGCAGUUGAUGUUUUUUAAUGUAUCUUAAGACAAAGUAAAAAAAAAAAAAUCACACAAAACCCCUAAAUAUUGUAAUAUGACAGAUAACCUAAUAAUUGUAUCUACAUUAAAAUGUAAAAAAAAUGACGAACAUGAUACUGCUGCUUGUCAAAUAAAAAAAAUAAAGUUAUAUAAUGUGUCUUGAAUGAUUGUAGAGCUGGAUAUAGCAUUAAUGUCUGUAAAUAUUAUUCAGGCCUGAAGAGUAGAAAUAAUGUUACGUGUUUGGAUUUUGGAUAACCUCAGAAGUAGGUCUGACAUAACAACUAAUUUAUACAAAACUGAAUACCAGGUAUGUCAUGUUUGAUGUGAUUAUAAAAAUAUUUAUGGUUAACUGCACAUCUUGUUUUCUUGAGAUUAGGCUAAUUUACAUUCUCAGUGCCUGAAGGCCUCCCCUGUGUUUGUUAAUCCCACACUAUAGGAAUAUGUUACAAGAGAAAAUAAACUGAUGUUUGAGG